UGGCACGCUCAUGCACGUACUAAUCCACGUCCAGCAGCUAGAGCUUAGCUUAGGUUAUCGCCAUCCUCCAUUCCUCCUUCUGGCCGUCCGACCAAAUCAUACAUACACGGUGAAAAUGCACGCCGGCCGCCUCCUCCCUCUCCUCCUCCUGCUCGCCGCCGCCGGCCGCUCGUUGGGCCGCGGCGGCAUCUUCGGGGCGGCGCCGCCGCCGUCCAGCCCCGGCGACGGCGACGACCAGAAGUGCAGCCGGACGUGCGAGUCCGCGUACUGCACCGGCACCUUAGAGGCUCCGCUGAUGCGGUACGGCAAGUACUGCGGCGUGUCCUACACGGGGUGCCCCGGCGAGCCCCCGUGCGACGCCCUCGACGCCUGCUGCAUGCUCCACGACGCCUGCAUCCAGACCACCGACGACUACCUCAACAUGUGGUGCAACCAGAGCCUGCUCGACUGCGUGGCCACCGUGAGGACGGCCGCGGCGGCGGCGGGCGGGGGCGUGGAGGCCGUGCUGACGACGUUCGACGGGAACAGCUGCAACGCCACGGACGUCGCCGACGAGAUCACCUCCAUCCUCGAGGCCGCCGUGUACGCCGGGAGCAUCCUGCACAGAGCGCCGGCGCCGGCGCCGGCGAAGUAGCUCGCUACUGUUGAUGCGCGUUUGAUAUGGAGGUCCGUGGAGGAGGUGUGGUCCGGUUGAAGUCGGUGGCCUAGCAACCAGUAAAAUGGUGGACCGGUGUCCAGAUGGUGGAUUAUUUAUUGAAUGGAUUUUUGUGUGGUUCUCACUACUCUUGGAUUCCCUCCGGUUUUUUGACAUCCUUAUUACGGGCUACCCCUGUUCCGUUUAGUGGUGUUACAGAAAUAUGUGGACGGGCUUGUGUAAAAGCACGCGAAGAGAGAUGGGAGUCACACAUAAGCUGCA